AUGGUGUGGGUUCAUUUCCCAGAUUUAAGCUUAGAAUAUUGGGAUGAAGAAACCUUAUUCAAAUUAAGCAGAGCUCUUGGAACUCCAGUUAAGGUGGAUGAUGCUACCUUAAACUAUCAAAGUGGGUACUAUGCAAGAGUUUCAGUAGAAAUUGAUUUGGCAAAAACAAUACCAAAUAACCUAUGGAUCAUUACCAAGUAUGGAUGUUUCUCUCAAAGUGUUGUUCUAACUAAUCUGCCUAAAUUUUGUUGGAAGUGCAAAAUAGUGGGUCAUCAACAUUCUGAUUGUAGAGCUAAAACUCAGCCAGAGAAGCCUAUUGAGCAAGUCCCUUCUACUAGGAAGCAACAAGAAGUUCCUCAAACUCCUAAAGUGGUUAUGGAACCAUUUGAUAUAGCUCCAACUCCAGAGAAGGAUGAUUCUGCUAUCAAUGAAGUGGAAUUAAGUCCUUCUAAAAUUCUUAAAGUAGUACAAGAUAAUGCAUUAGAUAACAGUGUGGUUAAGUAUGUUAAUAGUAUUGAUGGCACUGUAUCAUCAGAAAGAAUACCAUUUACUUCUUGGUCAAGAGUAGUUCAAAGACCUUCAAUUCCAAAAUCUCCCACAAUCAAUAAUGAGGAAGCUUCAAAGGAGGGUAUGGCAAUUCAUAAUUCAGUCAAUCAUAAUAAGGGAAACAUUUGGGUAUUUUGGAAUAAAGAUCUUCAUACACCUUCAGUAGUUUUUAUGUCUAGUCAAAUGAUCACUAUUAGUAUUGGAGAUGUGCUUAUUUCUGGUAUUCAUGCACAUGUGGGGUGA